AGAGCUAGCUAGUGUGGAGAAACAGAAACAAGUAAUUACACCAGCUAAACCUUUGUUGUGCCUUCUCGGACUAACCGCGAUUUUGUAAAUUAUGAAAAACUGCCAUCUUCGAGUAGCAAUACAUUGAGAUGAAAAAUGUUGUGCUAUAUAUCACAACCAAAUCAGCAGUUCAUAGAACUAGAGAUAGAUCCAAAACAAAAUGCACAAGUUAUACUGGACAAGGUGCUGAAGUUGCUUGGCAUCUUGGAAGUUGACUAUUUUGGUCUACAAUAUAAAGGUCCAAAGAAUGAAGAUCUCUGGCUGAACCUCAGGAAUCGUGUGUGUGAUCACGAGAUACGGACAUCAUGCCAUGUCUACAAAUUCAGCCUUAGAGUGAAAUUUUUUGUGCCCCCACAUUUGGUGCAGCAGGAAUGCACAAAGGAGUUGUUUUACAUACAAGCCAAAGAUGCAAUGUCCAAAGGACUCAUAUCACUUGCAGAGCCAGGAUGUGAUAAGGAUACCCUGGCUAAAAUAGUUGCUUCCAUCACACAAGCAGAAAGCGGAGACCAAACCAACAACAACUACCAGAAAAAUCAUUAUGUCUCUGUUAUCAAACAGAUCCUUCCAGAUUCUGAAGCGGAUUCAUCCUUGCUUGAUAAAAUACACAGUGAGCACUCAAAGCUACGGGGUGUUCCUAGGGCUAGUGCUCGCUACUUUGCUCUUAAGUAUGCAUCAUCUUUACCUGGGUAUGGGGUUGAAGAGCACAAAGCAGUUAAUUCGGUUAAUGAGGAAAUUGUGUUCAAGGUUGGACCCGAUGGAAUUAUUCAGCAAGAAAGCAAGACAAAAUCUGUGAAAAUGAUCCCUUACACACAAAUCCGCUUGGCAACACAUAACGAGAGGAUCGUCCGCAUUGAGCUGAUGAAUGAUGCUGGUGUAACUGACAGGGAGGAGUGUUACAAAUUGAUCAGCAGACGGGCAGCAGUAGCCUUGUACCGCUGCAUAACUGAGAUGCACUCAUUCUAUCGAUGCGAUACUAUAUGCUCUGAUGUCCAGUCUCAAUAUUCAAGAGACUUCAAGGGCACGUUUGUGUCUAUAUUCUAUGAAAACUCUGACCUAGGAAAACGCUACAUCUUUGAUAUUCAACGCACAAGACAAGAGGCAUAUGACCAUGUGAGGAGGAUGCUGUAUGCCAAUACAAAUUUGAAUAAUGUGUCCAGUUUUCAGUUGGAAAAUAAGAAUGAGUUGGAGAAAGAAGAUGAUGUAGAGGCUGGUACAUCAGGAGGAAACCAAAAUUUAGACCAAAUAAAGCAUCUCAAGCACCAGCUGGAUGCCCUCAAAGACUCAAUGCUGUGCUGUAUUUGCAUGGACAAAUUUGUGAGCGUUGUAUUGUGCCCCUGUGGUCACCUGACCUGUGAUUCCUGUUCUCCAUGCAUAGACAAGUGCCCUCAGUGCCGGUCUAGCAUUGAGCACCUGCAAAAAAUGUACCACCCUUUUGGAUUUGAGUGCAGCAAAGCCCAGGAGGUUUGAGACUGCUUUUGAGCCAGUCGAGCCGGGAGAAAUUGUACAGGAGCUUCUGCUUCAGGUCGGAGAAAAAAAGGUUUCAGACUGUUUGUGUACCUAGAGACAUGGGCACAGGAUCACUCCAUAUCUUUCUGUUCUUCCAGCACAUCGAUCACACUGAAGAUCACUUUUUAAUUUGUUUCCUGGAUCUGUGAACUUGUUUACAUUUUUUAAUGACUACAGAACACUUGCCUCAAAUACACUGGGAUUUUAUCAACGCUGAAAAACCAUAUUUGAUUUCAAUUCUGAUUUAAAAUGGAAGAAAUAUUCUGGGAUUAAUUUGCUGCUCCAGACUGCCAUUGUGUUUUUCAUCUGUGUGUAAAAUUGACAUUUUGUCUUUCAUUUAGUCCAUGACUCGCCCUUCACUUGGACUUUAUCAACCUGCUGUAGAAAGUUUGUUUUUCCAUUUUUUGGUUUCAUACAUUUUUUGGGUAAUUUUUAGUUGCUUUUUAAAAUGUUGUAUCACAAUUUGUGUUUUUAGGACAUGUAAACAACAUAAAGUCUAUGACUUACUUGGCUGUGAUUUCUUAUUUUGCCAGCUAUUGUUUACUUUUUUUUUUUUUAAAUCAUAUGACAUUUUUUGUUUUAAUAUAAAUUUAACACUGAAGCUGAUACUUAAAAUUAUUUUAAAUUGAUAGGUCUGUCACUUCUAUCUAAAAUUUGUACUGCAUUCAUGUUUAAAAAAGGCUGGCUCUGUUUUAUCAUGAAUUUGACUGACAUUUUGGUGUGAUUUAAAAUUGGCAUUUUUAAAAAAAACUUUUUUUAUAUAAAAACAUAGGGUCGUUCCAUUUCAUGUUUUAAAAUGCUAUCUAAUGUUUAUUGCCUAAACACUAUUUGUAAAGUUGGUGGUUGUUUAAGCAGAAAGUUUUCUACCUCUUACAGUUAUUGGUGUGGGGUCUUGAUCGUAUUUUAUCAUCAUCACUCAGCACUAGUUAAAAUUGUUUUUUUAAAUUUAGAUGAAAUAUAUUUUUUUAACUUUAAAAGUAAUUAUUUUGGGGGCUAUCAAAAUUAGCUGGUAACUUAGCAGUUUCUAUUUGAUAUUUUGUUGUUUUAGUAUUUUUUAAAACAAAUGUCUAAAUCUACUUUAAUGGUAAUGUGUAAUGUUGUCGAAUGAUAUCUUGAAUUUUUGAGAGCUCGGCGGGCCGAGGUGAUAUCAUAUCUUUAAAAUCUUGUUACUUAAUUCUCAGCAUGGUCUAGGUUGACCAGGCUUCUGAAUAUUAAAAAAAUUUCUUUUGUAAAUUUCUGCAGAAGUGUAAAACACCAGGUCUACAUACAAAAGCCCACCUAAAGACUGUGGGCAAAUUCUAUUUCAUUGUGUAAAUAAAACUUUUGAUAAUGUUAGCUCCUAGCCAGUAACUUUAUAAAUCUGAUAUUGAAAAAAAAACAAUUGGUUCUUUUUCAGUACACAUUUUCUUGGAAAUUUUUUGCACCCUAAAAUCAUGUCAUGUUUAAAAAAAAAACCUUUGGGCUUUCAAUAAUCAUUGUGUAAGAUGAAUUAUUUUACCAGAUUGUGGAUUGUAUCAUAUAUGAAUGUUUUUGCAUAUCUUGGCCUUAUUAUCAAUAUAGUGUUCACAUAAUCAAUAACUGAGCAGCAGUCUGUUAAUAGUGCUUAAUUUCAAUAUAUCGCAGAAAAAGGUUUACUGUUGUUAUUUUUUCCUUAACUGGAUUCUAAUGUGGAAAUAAUUUCAAAAUUUGAACAUAAAUUUAAGGUUACAUUUAUUGAAAGAAAUUACUAGGUUAUUUAAUUAUAGAUAAGUAUGCUAAGAUAUUUAAAAAUAAACUUUUCACUUGUUAUUUGCUCUUAAAAUCAAAUACACAACGAUUUCAAAAGUGCUUUUUUAAUAACUGACAAUUUAAAAAAAAAAUACAAUAUAUUUAGACUUUAAAAAUACAACAUGUACUGUUAUGUUGUGACCAGUUUAAAUAUUAACAUGAAAAAGUUAAUACAAGUUCACUAAGGGCAGAAAAUGGCAUUAUAUUGAUUGAUGACUAUUUGUUUAGUUAUGAUUUAAAAAAAAUAAAACAAAUAUUUGUGUAAACAUCUGUCUAUAGUACAAGAUUUGUUGAUAAAAUUAGCUAAAGUAAACAUUAAUGUGAAUAUAUAAAUAGAUCUAUAUUUCUUUCAACAUUGUAUAUAUAUUCUUUGACCUCAUACAUAUCAUUACUGACAUCUCUAAAUAUUCAUUUUCUGGUUGACAGAUUUUUGUUUUAUCUUCGUUCAGAUAAUCAUUUUACUAGACUGAUCUUUGUCCAGUACAAAUAUUCUAAACUAUCCGUGUCGAGUACAAGUAUUCAAUACCUAGUUUGAACAGUACAAAUUUGCUGAAUCAGACCUAUAGUCAAUCAUGAAACUAAAAUCAGAUAUAGGUCAUUUUACAAAGUCCAAAGUUUGCUUAAUUCUUUUAAUGGAACUUCUAAGGUCACUGACUUAUCAUAUUUGCACAGGAUUUUUCUCUUUCCAAAUAAUCAAUUUUUAUGUAAAAUCAAGAUAAGAUAAUAAGAGGUCCAAAGUUCAACUAGCUGUUUCCCCUUGUUUUCAGGAAGUGUCAAGGCCUAUUGGGUCACUGUAUGGAGAUAAACUUUUUACCCACAUAGAUAGCAGUUUGACAUACUGAGUUCACCUUACUGUACCAUGGGUGACUUAACCAUUUAUCAACCUAGAACUGGCACUUUGACCCUAGGGCCACAGGGGUUAGUCUAUAAAACCCUUACCCUUUGUUUCAUGUUUUUAUCAAGGCAUACAUACUCAUUACUAUUUACAUUCCCUGGUUUCAUUUGCUUUCUCAAAGCUAUGUUAUUGAAUACUGGCCAUUAAAUGUUAUUUGAGUAAUUAUUAGACCUAUAUUUUUUUCUAAUCUUAUAGUUUUAUUAUGAUUAAAGCUACUGUAGUUUAGUAAUUGUAGAUUAGUUUAAUACAUUUUUGUGAUGUGUUAGGUGUGAACUCCAAAUGAAUUUUCUUAAUGAGUAGGAUUGUGAUUAAUUUGUUAUUUCUGUAGUUGGUAACAUUUACAUAACUUUGGCCCUAAAGAAUUUGAGUAUUUGGGCAAUAUUACUAUUAUUAGUCAAUACUACUAGAUCUAGAAUCCAGAUCUAGAUCUAUAUUUUUUAUGUUGGUUAAUACUUGAGCCAUUUAGCUUUAUUUAUAUCAUUCUAUGCUCUUAUGUAUCUCUUUCAAAUAUUUUUUUUCACUGUGCUUAAAUUUUCUGUUUUUUUUUUAAAUGUACCUAUAUUUUUUUUUAUUUUUAUGCCAUUUGAUAAGCUAGAAACUUGUAGCACAGGUGUGUGUUAAUUCUUCACACGGAUGUAUCUUUCUAAGUAGGUCGCUCUAUUAUUAACAGCAACAAAACUUGCCACUGUUAACUGUAGGGAUGGAUUGAACAUCCACAAAUAGCUGAGAUCGUGGUUUGAAGUGCCCCCUUCAGAUUUUAAAUUAUUGCUUAGAUAGUGCGGUUAGUACCCUGUCCAGAUAUACAUUCACGCCGUGGGUACUUGUGCAGUUGAAGUGGGUUGCACCCUGACCUCAUUCUAGUUACAGUCAAGGUUUUUUUUUGGCCACGAGCCAGCGAGGCUCCGUAUUUUUU